AAAGGCGCGCUCUCCCCGGCGGCGGGGCGGAGGCAUCAUGGCCGCGAAGUCGGACGGGCGGCUGAAGAUGAAGAAGGGCGGCGAGGUGGCGUUCACGCCGCUGCAGAACUCGGACCACUCGGGCUCGGUGCAGGCGCUGGCCCCGGGGCUGCCCUCGGGUGCGGGGCCGGGCGGCGGCGGCGACGACGAGGCCCCGGGGGGCGGCUGCUGCAGCGGCAGCAGCGGGGACGGCGGCUCCAGCUGCUGCGGCGGGGGAAGAGGCGGCGGCUCCCGGGGCUCGGGCGGGGGCUCGUCGGCGCUGUGCCUGCGGCUGGGCCGGGAGCAGCGGCGCUACUCGCUGUGGGACUGCCUGUGGAUCCUGGCCGCCUUGGCCGUGUACUUCGCCGACGUGGGCACCGACGUCUGGCUGGCGGUCGAUUACUACGUGCGGGGCCAGCGCUGGUGGUUCGGGCUGACCCUCUUCUUCGUGCUGCUCGGCUCCCUCUCCGUGCAGGUGUUCAGCUUCCGCUGGUUCGUGCACGACUUCAGCACCGAGGACAGUGCCGCCGCCGCCGCCGCUGCCGGCCACUGCCCGGCCGCCGAGAGCAAACUGUUGGUGAGCAGCGGCUCGGCGGCCGGGGACAUGGACGCCCCUCGCCCCUGCACGCCGCAGAGGCAGGCGUCCAACGCCAGCAAAAGCAACGCCACCACGGCCACCAACAGCAGCAGCAGCAGCAGCACCAGCGGCGGCGGCAGGGCCGGCAAGAGCCGGUCCGCCUCCUGCGCCUUCUGCAUCUGGCUCCUGCAGUCCCUCAUCCACAUCCUGCAGCUCGGGCAGAUCUGGAGGUAUUUCCACACGAUAUACUUAGGUAUCCGCAGUCGACAAAGUGGAGAGAAUGACAGAUGGCGGUUUUAUUGGAAAAUGGUAUAUGAGUAUGCAGAUGUGAGUAUGCUGCACUUGCUAGCCACGUUUCUGGAAAGUGCACCACAGUUGGUUCUGCAGCUCUGUAUUGUUGUACAGACUCGUACUCUACAGGCUCUCCAAGGUCUUACAGCUGCAGCAUCUCUUGUGUCCCUGGCUUGGGCUUUGGCUUCCUACCAGAAAGCCCUUCGUGACUCCCGCGAUGACAAGAAACCCAUCAGUUAUAUGGCUGUUAUAAUCCAGUUUUGCUGGCAUUUCUUCACAAUUGCAGCUAGGGUCAUUACUUUUGCUCUCUUUGCCUCAGUUUUCCAGCUGUACUUUGGGAUCUUCAUAGUCCUCCACUGGUGUAUCAUGACCUUCUGGAUUGUUCAUUGUGAAACAGAGUUCUGUAUCACUAAAUGGGAAGAGAUAGUGUUUGAUAUGGUUGUUGGGAUUAUCUAUAUCUUUAGCUGGUUCAAUGUCAAGGAAGGAAGGACACGUUGCAGGCUCUUCAUAUACUACUUCGUGAUCCUUUUGGAAAACACUGCCUUGAGUGCUCUCUGGUAUCUGUACAAGGCCCCACUGAUCUCUGAUGCUUUCGCCAUACCAGCACUGUGUGUGGUGUUCAGCAGCUUUUUAACCGGCAUUGUUUUUAUGCUGAUGUACUAUGCCUUCUUUCAUCCCAAUGGACCAAGAUUUGGGCAGUCACCAAGCUGUGCUUGUGAGGACCCUGUUGCUGCCUUCACCAUGCCCCCAGAAGUGGCAACAAACACUCUAAGGUCUAUCUCUAACAAUCGGAGUGUCACAAGUGAUCGGGAUCAGAAAUUGGCCGAGAGGGAUGGGUGCGUGCCUGUCUUCCAGGUAAGGCCCACUGCACCUUCAACACCUUCAUCCCGGCCGCCAAGGAUUGAAGAGUCAGUCAUUAAAAUUGAUCUGUUCAGGAACAGAUACCCAGCCUGGGAGAGACACGUGUUGGACAGAAGCCUGAGGAAGGCUAUCUUAGCUUUUGAAUGUUCCCCCGCUCCUCCACGGCUACAGUAUAAAGACGAUGCCCUUAUUCAGGAGCGUUUGGAAUAUGAAACCACUUUAUAAAAAAUAAUAAAGACUUGAAGAAGCUACAAAGUUACAGUCCAAAUUAAGGGUUGACAGUAGGGCUGUGGCAAUAACUAAACUGCAUACUACAACAGAGCAGCAAGCGGUAGUUUUCAUAGUCUGGCUAUCAUCAUGAUUAUCAUUUGAUCCUCUGUCUGCAGUCUGUCUGCAGUUCACUUAUAAAGCAGCAUCACCUGAGAGCCUCAAAAAACCUAUUACUUUACCUGGGAAAUAGACCCAGCUCAUGACUCCUUGCUGCUAUGAAACUCUGCUAUACCAUACUUACGAUCAACAGGAAGAUUCUGAUGAGAGCUUUCAACUUUAACCAGUAGUGCAUUUUACUUUAGAAAUGAAUGAUUGAUAUUUGCUUAUUUAAUGACAAAAAAAAUUGUCAAAAUAGCUUAGCUGUACCAGGCAGUGUUGCUGUUAUAGAAACUCUGGUUUCUGCAAAAAUGAUAGGAGUAUAAUCCUUAAAUCUCCAGCUGAUACACCAUUCAGUUUAGAAUAGAUUUGCAAAAUAGUUCUCAAUCAAAAAAGUACACUGUCAUGUUUGCAAGCCUAUCAAAGGAGAGUAAACUAGAGUCUGAUUAAUCAGGUAAUAAGCAUUAGUACCAACAGAACUGCUAGUUUUCUAUAGAAUUCAAGAUUCAUUUUAAUUAAAAUUUCAGUUACUUUUGACAGAAAUCCUAUGCAGGUCACCUCUGGCUUUCAGCAGGAACAAGGAGCUCUAGCCCUUAGUGAUGUAAAUUAAAUGAUAAUCAUGAUUCAGUGUUCAAUUUGCAAAAACUGGAACAAAGAAAAGAAAGAACAAGGAAAGUGUAGGUUUCAUACUCUGAACUUUUGAGGAUGAUGUUCAGAUUCUGAGAGGAAGGCAUCAGGAUAUGAACACAUUGUAACUUAAAUCUGUUUCAAGACUCAGAAUGCAUGGCUCUGUGUGUGAAUGUAUGCAGGUGUGAUAAGAGACGCAACAUGCCAUAUCCUUCUAGUGCCAAACACUGUAUAACUACAAGAUUGAUAUUGUUGCCUGAGGGACAGAAAAUGAAUGGCAUGAGGCCUACUAACAGCAGGAAGCAGGAAAGAACAAUCAAGUUCUCCACAUGUACAGACAGCUCUGUUUUUUUCCCCCACCCAAGGUGAAAGUGAUGUCUUUUAGAGGCUUUCAGCCACCUGUUAGUAAGUAUAUACAGUCAAGUACAAUUAAACCAAGCUACGUGGAAGACCCUCUUGAAACUAUUCAAGACAUGGUUCCAUAUCUAUCUAAAAAUGAUGUUGACUCACUUGUAAAAUGAGUGUUUUUGCUGCAAGCUUCUGGGUUUUAAAUACUGUACCUCCCUAGGGUAUGAUCAAGUCAAUGGUAUCCUUCUUUCUGUUAAAAGUAUCCCCUGAUGGUGCUUUCAGUUGCAUUAAAGAUGCAAGUCAAAAUUUGAUAGUAUUUUUUUUAAAGCUGGUGCAGAGUGAAUAACUCAUGGAUUAUUUCAAUAUUUUUGUAAAGUAAAAAUAUGGUAUAUAACGGUGUUACUUUUUAUAAACCGCAAAUCUUUUAAUACAUCUCAUUCUCUUUAAUAAGAUAGAAUUUAAGAACUGGUCCACAAAUUAUAUCAACUGGCCUCCACAGGUUGAUGUAAACAUGUUUUUCACACAUUAUGGAUUUAUUUUGCAGUGUAAUGCCAUAUGAAAGCCUACAUGGGUACUUUUAGAAUAUUCCAUAAAAAGUGAAUCCUGUUUCAAGUAUAGGUGGGUUAUAAAGACACCAAAGGGUUUCCAUGAGAAACAACUCGGUAUAACUAUGUCCAUCCAUUUUAGGAAAGUGGAGCACAACUGUUUUAAGCAGCAUUGUCAGAGUGGAGAAGAGCUGUGAUUUUGAUAUUUUAACCACUGUCAGGUAUAUUAAGUGUAGUCACUGCUGUAUAUGUUCCUGGAUACGUUCAGUCUUUCCUGUUAUAAUAUUUGUAAUAUGAAAUAACAGAAGUUACAUCGCAUAUGGUUUCUUUGUAUAUAUUCAAUUAGCCAUUUUCAGUACUUACAUAAUUUUUUUAUUGCUGAAAUGUUCAAAAUCUGUUGUUCUUUGGUAGGGGCAAGAUCCUCAAAACAAAAUAUCUCUGAAAGGGCAGGAAUCUGCAAGAGAGAAAAAUAGCAAAAUUUUACUGUGACCAGAAAAAUUGCCCAGGUUCGAAGAUUUGCAUAGAUGUUUGCAAAUUAAGCAGUAGCCAGUUGCAUGCAUGGUCAUUUUUAAAUGAAAUGAUCAUUUGAUAGUUAGAACAUGAAAUCUUAUAAGAAGUGAUUUCCCCCUUCCACAGGGGUUCACCUGAUUAUUCAGUAGACAUUAUUCUGAAUUUGUCAGAAAAUACACUGCUGCUACAACCAAUUAAAAACUUUUGGGGAAUCAAGUCCUUUGUCUAAUCAAAUUCAGUAGAGCUUUCAUUCCAUAAGCACACACCAGAUCAACACGUAAAAGAAAUGGUGUCUAUACAAACCAAGCAGCCCAAGUUUUUCUUACCUGAAACAUCAGGGACUAGAUUCACAAUGGCUAUGUCCAGCCUUUAAGCCCCACUGGCAUUCACAAAACCACAGUUCAGCUACCAUUUAGUCCUGAAGGUGCUAAAAUCCCUAAGUACCUACAUUUCAGCUAUUAAAGUCCCUGAGGUCCCUCACGUUCUUCUGCUGGGCAUGCAAACAGUCACCUAAGUUCUGACACCACUGAGCAGCUUGGCAUCAUAAGCCCUAGUGGGAUUCAUAAACUAGGCUCUCCCCAGCUGACUCAAGCUGGCAGGCAUGUUCAGCGUAUGCCUAACCUCACAAAAAAGACAACCUGUGGAGGAGGUGGUUCCCCCUACUUUUACCAGUAGUCAGCACGCUCACUUUGCGUGUGUGAGACCAAGGUUCAAAUCCGUGCUCUACCUGCUGUAGAGCAGGGAUUUGAACACAGGUCUUCACUCUUCCAGAUGAGAGCCCUAACCACUGGACUAUAGGGUAUUCUGGGAUGAGUCUGUCAAUUUCUUCUAUUGGACCUGUUCCACCACCUUUCCCUCCUCCUGGGUUAUUCCUGAGAAAGGACUAAUCUGGUUUAAGUGCCUAACUCAAGGAGAGGGCUCACAGUUGUAAAUCCCAAGUGGAGACAGGCACCUUCCUCUUGCCCAGAGUUAGGUGCCUAAGUCUCUCUGAAGCCCCACCCCUCUCCUUAGCAUUUCCUUCUGGCUAUCUUCGGCAGCUCCCUGCUCUGCUUGCUGGCUUCUAUUAAUCUCUUCUUUAGGCGCCUAACUCUCCCCAUUCAUUGAAUAAGUGCCUACCAUGGGAUUGUGCAUUCCACUAGGUGGCAGGGUGCCUAAAAGUUAGGUGUUGCAAUGCUGAGCAUUUUAACUCCUAAGUCUGCCUUGUGAAUCUAGUUCCAGGUCUUUUGAAAACGAUACUAGAUAUUGACAUUUACUGGAAUAAUUAAAAACCUGCACAUGUGAAAACAGUGUACCGUGCUUUUCCAGAUCCUAAAUCUAAGUUUUGGUGAGGCUUACAGAAGCACUUUGUUUAAAGGAACUUUGUCAAAGUCCAAACUUUGCAUCACAAGAUUUUUGCUUUGGGUUUUUUUACUUUCUAGAGUUCAGUUUCUCCAGUCUGCCACCCAUUUUUUUUUCUAGCAUGUAUAGCCUCUCUCUAGAAAUAAAUCCAGUUGUGUUCAUGGAGAAAGAAGUGUUUUAUAGUAAGUAAAAUUUUGAUCCCCCAAAACUUCAUUUGUCACAUUCGUCAAUAUCACUGAUAGUUGGAAAGCGAUCAGAAUACACAUUAAAAUCUAUCUUUGCAAUGAACUACAUAGACUGACUGUUUUGCCAUGAACAGUCAAGCUAAAUAGUGGUAAGAACAUUUUUUUAGGAGUUCUCUCUGUUAAACACAGCCCAUUCCAGAAACCUUAGUACACCUUAUGCAUAGUUAAUAAUGGAUAUGCACUAUUCUUUUUACCACAAAUGAUAGUUUUAGGAUUAACCAAUAAAGUUCAAGUAGGAUGGCAAUAGGAAAAAUGAAAUGUUAAAACUUAAGUUUUUGCUUUUGAAGUAAUCAAAAAUCAAUUCUUUAACAUUCCAUUGCAGAAUAACAGGAAAAUGACAUAAAACACAUAAAUAAAUGAAAGCUCAAAAUUAUGCUCUGGUGGAGGAAAAGUAUUGUAUUGUCUCUGUGUGUUAGAAAUUAAUUUCACAUUAGCCUUGUCUAGUGAGCUGUGCACAUUUACCAGUAGAUCUAAAUGAAAUGGAGCAGUUUAAACACUGUCCUGAAACAUGGGCAUUUUAAAGUUUGUAGGUUUAUAUGUUUCAGAAAAGACAAUUUAAAUAACUGCAAACCAGUCAUUUAAGCACUAACACUGAUCUUUGAAAGGGAUUCUUUAUCAUUUUAACAUGCAGUCUUUUAUAUAAAUAUUUAGUUUUCAUUGUUAUCAUAAAUAUUCACCAUUUGCCUAUUUGUUUCUAAAAAAGCUUUUCAAGUGAUUCUUCAUUGUUCAUCUUUCCUUGAAGCUCAUCAAAAGCCUUAAAAAAAACCAACACACUUCCUGGAGUGGUACUUGGCUACAUCAUUGCUUCAGCUAACAAAGUUGCUAUUGUUUUGCUGCUCACUUUCUGAAGUGGUGCAGUUCAAUGUGACUGAGAUGCCGCAAUUUACCCUGUGACUGUCCCGCCUCUUGCACUGGCCUGCACAAUGCCAAGGAAAUGACUUCAGCAGAGUGCUGGGGUUGUCGUGCUGCCUCUGUUGCCCCUGUGCGUGGUAGGAAGCGGAGUAAAUUGCAUUCAUCCAAACUGAACGGACAGACAAGAAUCCAUCUGAACAAGCUUAUUUCGGCUGAGCUGCUGCAGAAGGUGCAUGACGAAAAUAAUCACAACAUGUGCCCGUGAAUUAACAGGCUCAACACUGUAAUUACUAUUCUAUAGUACAACAGCACAGAAUGUGGGAAGAAUUAUAUAAAACACAAUGAGCCAUUUAAAUGUUGCUAAUUGUAGCAAUUAGGCUAACUCACAUGAAGCCUGCGCUCUCAGCAGAAAGCCAAAUGGAAUAAGUGGCAAACAUACAUUUAUACACUAUAAACAACAUGUUAUGAAAUUCAUCCUCAAUUGUUUAUAGAAAAAAUGUCUGUUUAUUAUACAUAUGGAUCCUUUCCUCUUUAUUCUGCUACAACAGAUAACAUUUAAACUGAGAACAGAUCAGUUUAAAUCUAAGAACAGUCAGAUCUGAAUACGCAAUUCUGCAUUUGCACUGUUCCCAUAUUUCUUCGUGUUCACUUUGGUUUUUUUUAAACAGGUUACUGCAAUUAGUAUGAAUGAAUAAAUUUUUAGAGAAAUUCUGUAUCAGUUUUACUCAUUUCUAAAAUGCUGCAGUGAUCUGUUUCCAAGAUGAUUUACCUGUUCAAUCAAACGCAAAUUUCACCGUAGAACUGAGGGCAUGAUCCUGCAAAAACUUGUUUAUGCAAAUCGUCCUUAUAGGAAUAAUCUCACUGAAUUAAAUUCUAUGUUGAUAUUUUGCAAAGACUUUUGUAGCCCAUUGGACCCGAUUCUGAUCUCACUUGUUUUACAGUGGUAACCUCAUUGUCUUUCGUGGAAUUUCUCCUGAUAUGCAUUGAUGUAAAAGAGAUCAGAAUUAGGGCCAUUGACUUCAGUGGACAAUUUGCAUGAGUAAGGAUGACUUUUCUGGGUAAGGAUUUGCAGGAUCAGGCCCUCAGUCUGCAUUAUUGGCUCCACUCUGAAGUCAGCUGGAGCUUUGCUGCGGACUCUGAUGACAGCAAGAUCAGGACUUAAUAUCGCUCAACUAUGGCAGAAAACUGCACUCUAGAUUUAGUGAUGCUUAUCAUUUUUCUCUUUUCAGUGCUGACACUAAUAUAGCUGUAGUUUGUCUGGUUGACAUUUUUUUAUUUGUUGAUCUAUUCCUGUUAAGUGGACUUUGAAAAAUGUCUAUCCAACUUCAGUCAUUUCAAAUUAACAUUGUACGGUUUACUCUGGAACAGAACUAACAAAUUUAUCAAAAGUAACUUCAUGUAAAUAUUGGAGUUCAAGCCUGCAGUUAGGUUUUAGAUUUCAUUAUUAGGAGUUACUUACUUGUGCUGGGAAAAUCUAGUACACACUAGUAAGCCACAUGUCUAGUCUGGAUCCUGGAGGGAAGAUGCCAGAUACACAAAUAAGUAUAAAGAAUAGGAGUACUUGUGGCACCUUAGAGUCUAACAAAUUUAUUUGAGCCUAAGCUUUCGUGAGCUACAGCUCACUUCAUCGGAUGCAUCAGACUAACAUGGCUGCUACUCUGAAACAAAUAAGUAUCUGGCUGAUGGAGGGACACAAGGGGGCUGAAAGAGAUGUCUGUCGGUAAGCUCUGCGGGCACGGAAAGAUGCAUUCUCCAGCAUGUGUACGGAGUAAUUUGUGCCAUCCACACGUCUAGAAUUUAUGGUAUGGGGUAAUUUUGGGACCAAGGCAUUUUAGCUAUAUUAUAGAAGAGUUGUGGGUAUCACAUUUGGGGGUUAGGGGGUUGCUAGGAUUUGGUAAGAUAAAUUACCAAAUAACAGAAAAUUCACAUGUAAUAGAUAAAAACAAUUCACUAUUCAUAAAAAACACUUAGCCAAAACUUUGUUCUUCAGAAAUGAUUAGGACAAGGUCAAUUUAAAAUGUACCUGCUAAUACAUGUGGAAACUACAGUAGCGGAGCACUAGCUAUGCCUAAAAUAGAUAUGCCCUUCAAUUGUACAGGUAUAUUGCAUCCCCUUACUUCAGCCCCUGGACAGGGAUAUUGGCUUCUGGUCUCUUAGUCCAUGGGCAGUUACUCAUGGUCUGGGAGCAAAAAAACCUCCAGAUCCAAUCAGUGGCUAUUAUGCAACUGUUCUGCAUUUCCAGCAGGCGGAACAAGUUAGCUGGAGCUCUGAUGUACUUCCACUCCAGCCACAAUGUGCCCACUUUGCUGCUUUGCUGGCAGCGGUCAGAAAGGUUUACCUGGUUUAAAGGUAAACAGACCCUGUACAGUCUAGUGCAGCAUGUGGAAUAGUCACUGCUCCACUGGGAAGUCUGCCUAUGGCCUGUGGAAGUUGCGUGCAAAUGACUCACUCCAUGAGUAUGUAAUAAAUAGGCCUGAAUAUUUACCCUGAACAAUACUGUUUAUGAAGAUUUUUUGUUUGUUUUUCUUACACAAACAAUGGGCUCACAUUGGGGCUAUAUCAAACACACAAGUAUAAAUUUUUUUUUUGGAUUAUACAUGUGGGGAUAACGAGUGUAUACACACACACACACUUUCUGUUCUGCAAU